AUGGCAGUGGCAUUUUAUAUCCCAGAUCAGGAAGUGUUACUUCGAAAAUCCAAAGAAAAAGAAAAACAAAUUUUAAAAAUGCGUGAAUUACAAUGGAAAUUGAUAACGAUUGUUGUGUUGGAAGCUCUAAGGCGAUAUAUCGAAACCACAUCAUCGGAAUAUUCAAAAAUUAGUAAAUCGAAAAAUUAA